CAACUCACAUCCACAUCAUUUCAAGUCCUCUUCGAGCUACCAAAUCGUCAUCAUCUUCAACAUAGCCGCCAACGUCAUCGUUGUCUGCCAUAGUCUUCGUCGUCGCCGUUGUUGCCGCCACCGCCUUCGUGUUCCUAUGCACGCGGCCUUCUCAUAUUGAAUUCAACAAGUUUCUGUUCCUGCUUCUUCUCAACUCAACUCGACUCGUUUAUCGAUUGUUUUUUUUUUGGUUUUUGAUUUUUCUUGGACGUUGAAAACUCGUAGACAUGGCGCCGAAAUCCAGAAAGAAGAAGGCUCACGCGCGCACAUUAACCUGCUAUUGCGAUGGCAGCUGUCCCAAUAAUGUUGUAAAUGGCACUUGCGAAACCCGGCCGGGAGGAUCUUGCUUUAGCGCUGUCGAAGAAGUUUAUGAUGAGAGCACAGGCACCUAUGAGGAAGAAAGAACAUAUGGUUGCAUGCCUCCUGAGGAAAAUGGAGGCUUUCUUAUGUGCAAAGUUGCCGCCGUACCGCACCUGCAUGGAAAAAAUAUCGAUUGCUGCGAUGGCGGUGAUAUGUGUAAUCGUCAUCUCUAUCCUGCCUUUACACCCAAACUUACCACACCUGCCCCCGAAUUGCCAGUGAGCUCACAAUCUGUCCAUUAUCUGGCCAUGAUUGCCUCUGUGAUCAUUUGCAUAUUCGCCUUCAUUGUCAUAGUGGUCAUUGCCUGCGUGACCUAUCGGAGAAGGGAGAAACUGAGGAAACAGUCACGCCUUAUCAGCAGCAUGUGUAAUAGCCAAUUAUCACCCCUGUCACAAAUGGUCGAACAGAGUUCUGGUUCCGGUUCCGGUCUGCCGCUAUUGGUUCAGCGAACCAUUGCCAAACAAAUUCAAAUGGUACGCCUGGUGGGUAAGGGUCGUUAUGGCGAGGUAUGGCUGGCCAAGUGGCGCGAUGAAAAGGUAGCCGUAAAGACAUUCUUCACCACCGAAGAGGCUUCUUGGUUUCGUGAAACGGAAAUCUAUCAAACUGUGCUGAUGAGACAUGAAAAUAUUUUGGGCUUUAUUGCAGCCGAUAUCAAGGGUAAUGGCAGCUGGACCCAGAUGUUGUUAAUCACCGAUUACCACGAAAAUGGUAGUCUCCAUGAUUACCUAUCCACCUCGGUUAUAAAUCCACAAAAAUUGCAAUUAUUGUCUUACUCCUUGGCCUCGGGUUUGGCCCAUCUACAUGAUGAGAUCUUUGGUACACCUGGCAAACCGGCUAUAGCCCAUCGCGAUAUAAAGAGCAAGAAUAUUUUGGUGAAGCGCAACGGCCAAUGUGCCAUAGCUGACUUUGGUUUGGCAGUGAAAUACAUCUCGGAAUUGGAUGAGAUACAUAUUGCUCAAAACACCCGUGUGGGCACACGACGCUACAUGGCGCCCGAGGUAUUGAAUCAGACCUUGAAUCCCCAACAGUUUGAAGAAUUCAAACGGGCCGAUAUGUACUCUGUGGGUUUGGUGCUGUGGGAAAUGGCUCGCCGCUGUUACACACCCAUACCCGGCUCCAAGGCCACCACCUGUGAGGAUUAUGCCUUGCCCUAUCAUGAUGUUGUACCCUCUGAUCCCACAUUUGAAGAUAUGCACGAUGUGGUGUGUGUUAAGGGUUUCCGACCACCCAUACCCUCACGUUGGCAAGAGGAUGAUGUAUUGGCGACAGUGUCCAAAAUAAUGCAAGAAUGUUGGCAUCAAAAUCCCACAGUGCGACUGACGGCGCUGAGGGUAAAAAAGACCUUGGGUCGCCUAGAGCCCGACUACAUGGACUGUCCUAUGAAAAUUGUGUAGAUAGGCAAUAGUUCUUUAAUAGUUUAUAGUCUGUAAGUUGAUAGUUCAUAAUGCUGAUGAGGAAGUUGACAAUGCAUGCAAGCAAGCUAAGAAAUUUAAUUUAGUAGAAAAAAAAAACUAAAUUAAUUUUAUUUAGUUUUUCAUAAGGUAGUGUUUAAGCAUAGAUUUGUUAAGACAGAUUUGCCUUAAAAAGAGUUUGUAUUUUUU